GAGAUUUUCAGUCGGAGCAGAAACGAGCUGAAGAGAAGAAGUGAAAGAAGAGAAAAGAAAAAGAGUCUGACAGGAAACAGAAGAGAAGAAGAAGAAGAAGAAGAAGAAGAAGAAGAAGAAGAAGAAGAGCAAGAGUUUGUGAUGUUGAGGUGCAAUUUAGCUCCUCCCACUGAUGACAACAGUGAUUAUAGCCCCGCCCACAGCUCCAUCAUGGCUGACAGGAAGCUCUCAGGUUUACCUGCCCCUUCCCUGUCUUCACCCUGUCAUCAGAAUGGCAGGAUUGGGGGGACGACAUCCAAAGGCUCCCCACCCCCCCACACUAAUGGCUGUUUGGAGGCGGGACCAGGACGCCUCAGUACCAGUAACACCAGUGCUGUUUCCCAGUGUCCCCCCACACCCAGCAACAGGAUCUCAGCCUCCACCUUACCCCUCAGGCCCCUUGCAGGUCUUGUGACUCCUGUGUCAAGUCCUGGUGCUGAAGGUGGCUCCACUCGGCCCCGGGGUCAGAGCCUUGGCUCCGCCCUGAGUCCCAGGACCAGAACCAUGACCUCCAGAAAUAAGCGCAGGAGCAGCCAACAGGAGGAGCCAGAGGCCUUGUUAGACCUGAUCCUAGAGUGUCAGGGUCAGAGACUGGAGGACCAGAGAGCCAGCCUCAGUCUGUUACCUGACCCAGGUCCAGCUGCUCUGUGUGGGGCCUGCAGCCCCGACCAGACCUCCUUACCUGGUCUGGACUUUUACUACAUGCUCAUACACUACCAGCUCACCAUGUGA